AUGGAUUCCUCAGAACGUAUUCAAAUCGCCUCUAACUUCCUUCUUCAAUCGCCUCCUGGAGAGAUCAACGACGUUUUGAACGAUGUAAGGGUGAUCAUCUCAGACGACGAAUCGCUCCAGGAAGGAGUUCUUCCAGCUCUCAGAGAGUACAAUCUCGCGCAGUUCAUCGUUGCAGACGUUCCUGGGACCAAACACCAAUCGAUCGUCAGCACUGCUGCUCGAGCCCCUCCAUCGGAGUCGGAUUCGGAGGCAAGUAAGGAUAGAUUCCUAGACCCACGAUCCAAGACCAGCUUUGCUUUCGACCACAUAACGUUGGAGGCCUCCGAUCCGCAGACGUACGAACCUGAUGCCGAAUCAGAACCCCUUCGGGGCGCGCUUGAAACAUCUACGCUAUCCUAUCUGGCCGCCCACUACCUGGAAGGGGUAGGCUGUGUCUACGCAGUGCCAGACAGCCCAGACAUGGUGAUACAAAUUGUAGCGAAUAAGUACAACCCUACAAAUUACUGGUCUGGGAGAUGGCGAUCGGAAUACAAGGUAGCAGUUCAAGCGGGCACUCUGAGCGGGAGAAUUCUUGCAAAUGUUCAUUACUAUGAGCAAGGCAACGUCCAACUCGCGAGCGAGCAUAACGUAGAAAUCACGCUUCCCACUGGCUCUCGACCACCUGCCGACCUCGCGUCAAAAGUGCUUGCGCUCAUCGCCGACGAGGAGGGCAAGUAUCAGACAUCCUUGAACGAUACAUAUCAGGAGAUGGGCGAGAAGACGUUUAAAGCCCUUCGACGUGCCCUACCCCUUACUCGACAGAAGAUCGACUGGGAUAAGGUACUUGGGUACAAACUUGGUGCUGAGCUAGCAUCCAAUAAGGCUGGCUUUGCAUCUUAA